AUAGGCGAGAAGCGGCCCUCCUCGGAGAUGACGAAGCCCAAGCCCAAACCGCAGAAGAAGAAGAAGAAAAAGGACCCCAACGAGCCGUCGAAGCCUGUGUCAGCCUAUGCCCUCUUCUUCAGGGACACCCAGGCGGCCAUCAAGGGCGCCAACCCCAACGCCACCUUCGGGGAUGUGUCCAAGAUCGUGGCCUCCAUGUGGGACAGCCUGGGGGAGGAGCAGAAACAGGUACACACACACACAUUGCUGAGUUUCCAGCAGAUGGAGCAAGUGCACUAGCAGACAAUCAAAGCCCUUGUCUGUGCAGUAAUUACCAGAGCACAGUGCACAGAGAUAGAACUCACCUUAAUGAGCUAGUUCUGCUCUUUUCUAAAGAUAUUCAAUCUGUUUAUCCCUGGUCCCUUGACUCUCAUUAAAAUGAUUGUAUUUAUUUAAAAAAUAUUUGAGCCAAAGAGGAAACACGAGAAGAGCCUCCAUGUGUUGCAGCAACAGUAGAAAAUGUAUUGAUGUAGUCGAAUGAAGUUAGACAUUUUACAGACAAACCUGUUUUUGACAGACAAAACACCCACUGCAAUGGUGUACCUCCUUCUAACUGUCCUGACAGCAGCUGAUACAGAGCAGAGCCAAUCAUGUGAGUUCUAAUCUAGAGUGGAAUAUUAUGUUUCCCCUGUAUUGUAUUUUAGAGCAGUGUGCUAACAAAGUCACCUGAAGCGACACCCACAGCAGUUGUUGUCAUCUGUAUUUUCAAUUGGAAGCAGUUGAAGCUACAUUUUAUUACGUAAGAUACAAAGAUAAGAGGGAUGGGGGCCAUUUUCAAGUCUUGCCAUAGCUUUAAAGUCGAUUUAAGUCAACACUGUAACUAGGUCACUCAUGAACAUUCAAUGUCAUCUUGGUAAGCAACUCCAGUGUAUAUUUUACCUUGUGUUUUAGGUUAUUGUCCUGUUGAAAGAUGAAUUUUUCUCCCAGAGUUUGUUGGAAAGCAGACUGAUCCAGGUUUUCCUCUAGGAUUUUGACUGUGCUUAGCUCUAUUCCGUUUCUUUUUAUCCUAAAAAAUACCCUGGUCCUUGCCGAUGACAAGCAUACCCAUAACAUGAUGCAACCACGCCAUGCUUGAAAAUAUGAAGAGUGGUACUCAGUGAUGUGUUGUGUUGGAUUUGCCCCAAGCAUGACGCUUUGUAUUCAGGACAUAAAGUUAAUUUCCAUUACCAUUUUUUUUGCAGUUUUACUUUAGUGCCUUAUUGCAAACAAGAUGCAUGUAUUGGAAUAUUUUUAUUCUGUACAGGCUUUCUUCUUUUCACUCUGUCAUAUAGGUUAGUAAUGUGGAGUAAUUACAAUGUUAUUGAUCCAUCCUCAGUGACUGGGUGUAUUGAUACACCAUCCAAAGUGUAAUUAAUAUCUUCAGCAUGCUUAAAGGGAUAUUCAAUGUCAGCUUUAAAAUAUAUAUAUGUAUCUACCAAUAGGUGCCCUUCUUUGCGAGGCAUUGGAAAACCUCCAUGAAAUUUGUGGUUAAAUCUGUGUUUGAAAUUCCUUACAGAUAAUUAUAUGUGUGGAGUACAGAGAUUAGGUAGUCAUUCAAAAGUCACGUUAACCCCCUAGAGUCGAUGUCUGCGCCCCCGUGGAAAUCAAUUAGCAUAAUAAAAAAAAUAUCAUAAAUAUCUGGCAGAUUAAGAUGGAGAUCUGUUUUUUUGCAUUGGAUGGGUCUCAAUCCCCCGCAUCCACCGAUGUCGCACUUCCGCCUCUGCGGUGAAAGGUGAUAGAGCUAGAGCAGUGUUUGUAAGACCAUGAGACAUCCCGAAAAUCGGUCUUCUCACAAAAUUGGCCUACAAACUAUUAUGACCCUAUGGAAAGAUGAGACUCUCACGAACACAAUGGUGUUCUCCAUUUUGCUACGACCCCCACAAGCAUCUUGGGACUCGUCUGAAGUUGAUACAGCCGAUCUGCCAACUCCUGUCUGUAGCAUCCGAACAGUUUGGCUUACACACUAAUAUGACCCCUCUGUGAAAAGUUGAGACUCUCACAAACACGGAGAUGUCGUUUUGCUCUAGGACGCCCACAGGCCUCACAAGACUUGUCUGAAGGUCCCCCAUUACCUGUUGAAAUAAUGAAUGGAAGUACAGUAUACAGUACAUUCGGAAAGUAUUCAGACCCCUUGACUUUGUCCACAUUUUGUUACGUUACAGCCUUAUUCUAAAAUUGAUAGGAAAAUAUCAAUCUACACACAAUACCCCAUAAUGACAAAGUGAAAACAGGUUUUUAUAAAGUUUUGCACAUUUAUACAAAAUAAAAAACAGAAAUACCUUAUUUACAUAAGUAUUUAGACCCUUUGCUAUGAGACUCGAAAUUGAGCUCAGGUGCAUCCUGUUUCCAUUGAUCAUCCUUGAGAUCUUUCUUCUUCCACCUGUGGUAAAUUCAAUUGAUUGGACAUGAUUUGGAAAGGCACACACCUGUCUAUAUAAGGUCCCACAGUUGACAGUGCAUGUCAGAGCAAAAACCAAGCCAGGAUGUCGAAGGAAUUGUCCGUAGAGCUCCGAGACAGGAUUGUGUCGAGGAACAGAUCUGGGGAGGGUACCAAAAAAUGUCUGCAGCAUUGAAGGUCCCCAAGAACACAGUGCCCACCAUCAUUCUUAAAUGGAAGAAGUUUGGAACCACCAAGCCUCUUCCUAGAACUGGCCGCCCAGCCAAACUGAGCAAACGGGGGAGAAGGGCCUUGGUCAGGGAGGCAACCAAGAACCCGAUGAUCACUCUGACAGAUCUCCAGAGUUCCUCUGUGGAGAUGGGAGAACCUUCCAGAAGGACAACCAUCUCUGCAGCAUUCCACCAAUCAGGCCUUUAUGGUAGAGUGGCCAGACGGAAGCAACUCCUCAGUAAAGGGCACAUGACAGCCCGCUUGGAGUUUGCCAUGAGAAACAAGAUUAUCUGGUCUGAUGAAACCAAGAUUAAACUCUUUGGCCUGAAUGCCAAGUGUCUGGAGGAAACCUGGCACCAACCCUACGGUGAAGCAUGGUGAUGGCAGCAUCAUGCUGUGGGGAUGUUUUUCAGCGGCAGGGACUGGGAGACUAGUCAGGAUUGAGGGAAAGCUGAACAGAGCAAAGUACAGAGAGAUCCUUGAUGAAAACCUGCUCCAGAGCCCUCAGGACCUCGGACUGGUACGAAGGUUCACCUUCCAACAGGACAGCGACACUAAGCACACAGCCAAGACAACACAGGAGUGGCUUCGGGACAAGUCUCUGAAUGUCCUUGAGUGGCCCAGCCAGAGCCCGGACUUGAACCCGAUCAAACAUCUCUGGAGAGACCUGAAAAUUGCUGUCAGCAACGUUCCCCAUCCAACCUGACAGAGCUUGAGAGGAUGUGCAGAGAAGAAUGGGAGAAAAUCCCCCAAUACAGGUGUGCUUGUAGCUUCAUAUCCAAGAAGACUCGAGGCUGUAAUCGCUGCCAAAGGGGCUUCAACAAAGUACUGAGUAAACGGUCUGAAUACUUACAGUAUCAGUCAAAAGUUUGGACAAACCUACUCAUUCCAGGGUUUUUCUUUAUUUUUACUAUUUUCUACAUUGUAGAAUAAUAAUGAAGACAUCAAAACUAUGAAAUAACACAUAUGGAAUCAUGUAGUAACCAAAAAAGUGUUAAACAAAUGAAAAUAUAUUUUAUAUUUGAGGUUAUUUUCCUUGACAGCUUUGCACACUCUUGGCAUUCUCUCAACCAGCUUCAUGAGGAAUGCUUUUCCAACAGUCUUGAAGGAGUUCCCACACUCUGUGGUCCAUCUCAUCCCAAACCAUCUCAAUUGGGUUGAGGUCGGGUGCUUAUGGAGGCCAGGUCAUUUGAUGCAGCACUCCAUCACUCUCCUUCUUGGUCAAAUAGCCCUUACACAGCCUGGAGGUGUGUGGGUCAUUUUCCUGUUGAAAAACAAAUUAUAGUCCCACUAAGCCCAAACCAAAUGGGAAGGCGUAUCACUGCAGAAUGCUGUGGUAGCCAUGCUGUUUAAGUGUGCCUUGAAUUCUAAAUAAAUCACAGACAGUGUCACCAGCAAAGCACCCCCACACCAUCACACCUCCUCCUCCAUGCUUCACGGUGGGAACCACACAUGCGGACAUCAUCUGUUCACCUACUCUGCUUCUCACAAAGACACAGCGGUUGGAACCAAAAAUCUCAAAUUUGGACUCAUCAGACCAAAGGACAGAUUUCCACCGGUCUAAUGUCCAUUGCCCAUUGCUCAAGUCUCUUCUUCUUAUUAGUGGCCUUUAGUAGUGUUUUCAUUUUAGCAAUUUGACCGUGAAGGCCUGAUUCACGCAGUCACCUCUGACCAGUUGAUGUUGAGAUAUGUCUGUUAAUUGAACUCUGUGAAGCAUUUAUUUUCUAAUGAACUUAUCCUCUGCAGCAGAGGUAACUCUGGGUCUUCCUUUCCUGUGGCGGUCCCCAUGAGAGCCAGUUUCAUCAUAGCGCUUGGUGUUUUUUGCGACUGCACUUGAAGAAACUUUCAAAGUUCUUGAAAUGUUCCGUAUUGACUGACCUUCAUUUCUUAAAGUAACGAUGGACUGUCGUUUCUCUUUGCUUAUUUGAGCUGUUCUUGCCAUAAUAUGGACUUGGUCUUUUACCAAAUAGGGCUAUCUUCUGUAUACCACCCCUACCUUGUCACAACACAACUGAUUGGCUAAAAUGCAUUAAGAAGGAAAGAAAUUCCACAAAUUAACUUUUAACAAGGCACACCUGUUAAUUGAAAUGCAUUCCAGGUGACUACCUCAUGAAGCUGGUUGAGAGAAUGCCAAGCGUGUGCAAAGCUGUCAUCAAGGCAAAGGGUGGCUACUUUGAAGAAUUUCAAAUAUAAAAUAUACUUUGAUUUUUUUAACACUUUUUUGGUUACUACAUAUUCCAUAUGUGUUAUUUCAAAGUUUUGAUAUAUUCACUAUUAUUCUACAAUGUAAAAAAUAGUAAAAAUAAAGAAAAACCCCUAUGAGUAGGUGUGUCCAAACUUUUGACUGGUACUGUAUGUAAAUGUGAUUUCCGUUUUUAAUUUUUAAUACAUUUGCAAAAAUGUUUUUACUAAAUACCUGUUUUUGCUUCGUCAUUAUGGGGUAUCGUGUGUAGAUUGAGGGGAAAAAACUAUUAAAUCAAUUUUAGAAUAAGGCUGUUACGUAACAAAAUGUUGAAAACGUCACGGGAUCUGAAUACUUUCCGAAUGCACUGUAUAUGGAGACUGUUUAAGUGCCAAAAAUAACAAAUGUUUCCUGAUCUCUCUUAUAUCUCUCAGAUAUAGGACAGACACUUCAGAACAAACUUCCUUUUGAGUUGUUUUGGGACUAUCUGUUGUUCCAUGUAAUGCAGAAGAAAAUAAGGAAGGGAAGUGCUGCUAAGGGACAUAAUAGUAGAUUUUGGUAGACAGAAGGUGCUCUUUGGUAAAAGUGGUCCAAUGAAUUCUAUAACCACUCCUUCUUCAAAUCAGGGUUGAUUGGAAAAAGCUGUUCAAAAGAGGACAUUGUAUUAUCAUAUCUUUGUACUCCCUGACGAAGGCCAUGCAGCCAAAACGCGUCUGUUUUUAAACUUUGUUUCCAUUGAACAUGCCAUACAAAUAAAGGCAUUUUAAUUAAUUAUAUGAAGAGUGUCUUGGUCCUCCUUUCUGUUAUUCAGUGUGUUUGUAUGGGUUAAUAGCAGUAAGGCCAAAUAAAAAUGUAUCUAUUUUUGAGGAGGGUCUCAAAAUUCCAAAUCAAAUAGCAAAAUUAUCCUUGGUAUGACCUUCUUAAACGGGUUUAAACACUAUUAUUGCACACAGAGGGAAUACAUGCAACUUAUUAUGUAACUUGUUGAGCUCAUUUCUACUCCUGAACUUAUUUAGGCUUGCCAUAACAAAGGGGUUGAAUACUUAUUGACUUGGCAUUUCAGCUUUUCAGUUUUAUAUAUAUAUUUCUUUUUCUAAAAACAUAAUUCCAUUUAAAUCUAAAUUUAAUCCAUUUAAAAUUCAGGCGGUAACACAUGAACAUGUGGAAAAAGUCAAGGGGUGUGAAUACUUUCUGAAGGCACUGUAUCUGUAUCAGUCUAUUAAGGAGAAUAAGCUGUAUUGUUCAUCUUCUUCUCCACCCAACAGUCUCAAUAGCAAAUUGCUAAAUGAAGAAGAUUUAUUUAAGGGAUUUUCAUGAAGAUGUUACCUUUCACCAUGCAUUUGGUCUCGUUAGUUUUUAAUAAUAUAGUUAUUGUGUAAAAAUUAAUUUUAGGAAUACUAGCUAUCAGGGAGGUGUGACAAAUUAACCCAUAGCCAAAUAUUCUACGUAGAACUGAACAUAAAUAAAUGACCAUUGGUGCUCUCCGUUGCCCCUCGUAGGUUCAUCCGUAAGUAUCCUGGCAAGGUCUUCAAAGCAUCAGUUGUUAUGAAUGAAAGUUGUUAUGAAUGUAGUUAUGAAUGACAUUGCAACAUCCAUGUCAUGAAUGGUGUUAUGAAUUACUUAUGUAUAUUCCCUUGAAGUAAAGGGUUACUAGCGGUAUGUAGCCCAGUGGUUAAGGAGUUGGACCUGUAGCUGAAAGGUGGCUGGUUUGAAUCCCGGCCGGGGGGCUGGAAUAAAGGGAGGAAUUGAUCUGGCAACUGGAGGGCUGCUGGGUUCACAUCCUAAAGACAUUCCCCUACCGUUGGGCCCUUGAGCAAGGCCUUUAACCCCACAAUAUGCUCUCCAUACAGGGGCACUACAGUUUGACCCUGCGCUCGUCUCAACGGAGCAGAAGACACAUUUCCGUUGUUCGCUGUAACAUGGACAAUAAAGUUGUAUUGUAAUGGUUGUUUUGUGUGCGCACUACAACAAAACAUUUUCAACCAAAGCAUUGCGUGUGUAUUGCUACUUACAACUUUGAACGUUAAGGCCACACAAAAAAAUAACCCUAAAACACUAAUUGCAAUCAGACACUUAUGAAAUAUCUUCAUGUUAUAAUUUAGCUCCCUCUCUUCUAUGUCCUAUGACUAGAAAACACUAUCUCGCACUGAUACUGUAACUAUAUCGUUUAAGUUCAAAUUCUUAAUCAGCUCAUUUUGUGGAGCCACAGAUGCUGUAUGUAUGUAUAUGCUGUGUAGAGUCAGCUGUCAAUCAAAAUGCUGCCAUGCUGUUCCAUCUGGAAUUUAAAUCCAUUAUGAUGUAUUCACUGUAAGCAACCAAUGGUGCAUCAGGGCUUAAGUGCCACCUACCCCACAACUCUUCUCUCCUGGGGCUUACUGGGCUUGUUAUUUACAACCCCCCUCAACAUACACACAUACCAACAUGCGCGCACACACACACUCACACACACAUGCAUACACAGGCACGGAUGCGCACACACAAACACACACAAACACACAAUAUGAUUUUCAACAUAACUGAUGCACUUGAUUGGAGCACGAAGGCAUUGGCCACAUUUUAUAAAUGUUUUGAAUUGCACAAACAUUUUGAGUGUAUGAUGCAAUGGCUGUUGUAGUGCUAAAAUGAUGGAGAGUUCGAGUUAAUUUCUCUUGUAUAUAAAUGAUGUGUGGGCGGAAGGUAGCCUAGCGUUAGGCCAGUAACUGAAAGGUCGUUGGUUCAAAUCCCUGAGCCGACUAGGUGAAAAAUCUGUAUGUGCCCUUGAGCAAGGCACUUAACCCUAAUUGCUCCUGUAAGUCGCUCUCGAUAAGAGUGUCUGCUAAAUGACUGUAAUGUGUCUUUCUACAAUGGAGGAAGACCCCUUGAAAUGAUGUAGUAUGGAAAGGGAAACAUUUGUGAGUGUGUUUGUAUGUCUGUGUAGACCUCUUCUUCUUUGAUUUCCAGGCGUACAAGAGGAGAACCGAGGCGGCCAAGAAAGAGUACCUGAAAGCCCUCGCCACGUACAGAGCCAGUCUGGUUUCCAAGGUAACGCUUAUGACACACCAGGCUUGCUUAGAGUGAUGAUGGAUUGGAUGGAAAAUCCCGGCUAAUGGCGGGGGAGGGGCUAAAGAAGAGUGGAGGUGGGGUGUUGCAACAAUACUGUAUACCAUAGGGACAAUACCUUAUUUCCAUCGGUUGGGGGUUGGGACAGUUGUUCUGAUAGAGGAAGGUCAUACUAUUAUCACCCUUCAAAAGCUAUGAAGCUAUAAAGCUUUGUUAGCAAGGGUGUCCUUUUGAUUUUAGUGCUUGCAAAGCAUACUGUAUGUAUGCACUGUGUAUACAGUAUGUAUGUAUGCCCUGUGUAUACUGUAUGUAUGUAUGCCCUGUGUAUACAGUAUGUAUGUAUGUAUGUAUGUAUGUAUGUAUGUAUGUAUGUAUGUAUGCCCUGUGUAUACAGUAUGUAUGUAUGCCCUAUAUGUACACAGUAUUUCAUUGAGCCAAUGUCUUUGUUUGUCUUUACAUGAAAUGUUAAUUCUAUUUGGUCUUUCCAGACAUAGUCAUAUGUUUCUCCACAGCUGGGUUAUGCCUGUUCAUACAAGACACAUGAAUGGAACUAAUGGUUUAUUCUUGUUAUUGAUGCAUCCAUCAUGUCUUCUGUUUCACUGCUUAUACGAGAGUGUGCAUCCAAUUCAAUGCUACACAUAAUUGGGUUUUUGUUGCAUUUUCUCCGCGUGACACCUCACUGCUAAUUUAGAUUUAUGGCUUUCUCCUUUUUGCCUAUGAGUAAUGGCGCCCUAUCUCCUAUGCAGCAACAUGGAUAGGAAGGAAGGAAGAAAGGAAUGGUGGAAUUGCAUUGUUUAGUGCCAGGUCGCGUUAACAGGCCACAAUGUACCGUCUGGGAGAUUCCUUUUGUCAUUCCAUUUGUUCUCCUGGCAAACAGUCUCAUUUCCCUCUGUGUGUGUGUGUGUGUGUGUGUGUGUACGCCCUCUCCUCUCCAUUCCCAUCCAUCUGUCAAGGUGUCCACUGAUCAUUAUACGGCGGCACAAUUCAUACAAAUGGGCUCCAUUACCCCUGUAAUCAACACUGAUAGGUGCAGAUGAGCAAUCUGACAGCUCAUCAUAGGGCCUGGGUUGGGUGUGGGUUGGGGGGCAAGGCGAGGGCUGCACCUGCUCUGAAUGAUUCACCCAUGAUAUACAUAAGUCGCAUGAUACAUGACCUGGCACUUCUGGGUUGCAUUCAUUAGGGACGACAUAGAAGCAAACAGACCAAAAUAGGGGAGGUAGUAUCUGAACUUGUCCAAUAAGAAACAUUUGUUUACAUUUUCCAUCACGCAACAUUUAAAAAUGUUUUACUAUGUUGUGCCCUAAUGAAUACAAUUCUGAAUAGCACUGACUGGGCCUAGGGCCUGUAAACUCAUCUCUUUCUGCUGUGGCCAUUGUAGUCAAAUAUCAUGGGAAGAGUUGAAUGAAUGAAUGGAUGAAUGAGUAUGACAAAUGUAUUCCAUAGAUGAGAGAUGAGUUUUAUGGGGAGAGUCCACACUCCAACAGUAUAUGAAAUCAUUACAUUUUUACACACUGACUUCUUUUGGAAGCAUACAAAAUAUCCUGACCCUUUGUGCUUUCUCUAACUCUUCCUACUUCCUCUUUGUUUUUUUUCUCCCCUCCAGACCUACAACGACCCUGUCGAACCAAAAAGUGCCCAAAGCAGCCAGCCCUCCCACAUGCUGCCCCCCAAGCAGCCCAUGUACAGCAUGCCUCCGCAGCCCUCCUCCCCCUACGGUCUGGGCCCUGGCUCCUUCCCCCUGUCGGACCUGCAGAGCUUCGCCGGGCCGUCCCGCCAUGCCCUGACCCGGACCCUCAGCCAAUCCCAGAUGCUGCCACCCAGCAUGAGUGCCUCUCCCCCCUCCCCCUUCCAGAUCAGCCCGCCCCUCCAUCCCUCCCAGCUUGCCCUCCACCAGAGCUCUCUGCGCAUGCAGCAGGUCCAGUCGCACUCAAUGGGGCUCCAGGGGUCUCUGCACUCACCUCCUCUCAGCCAACAGGUUAGUCCUAUCUCUGUUCUUUAGUGUUCAGCCCUGCAGUGUUGUGGGGAAACAUUUGAAAUAGGUGUUAGAGCUCUGAUAUGUUUGUUUUAAGGAUCUCAUGACACUGGGUGAUUGGACUAUUAUUCAUCAAAGGUUGAAACAGCUUUUUUUUACUAAGGAAAAACCUUAAAGACCAUGAAAUCCAUUCUGAUCCUAGAUCUGCAUCAGGGUUAGGGGUCAAUUUGAAAUGAAGCCAGUGUCCACUUACUCCCCAACUUAAAGUAAAUUGAGCAUUACCCAAUUGCCUGCAGUGGACGUGAACCUCUUGCUAUUGGACACUCCUACCACAUUGGAACAUUUGAAAUGGUAGUGGUUUUUAAGAGAGCACUCUUCUGUUUCCUCUUCUGCUCCAGGGGUUCGCUCACAUUCAGGACUACCAGAACAGUGUGGGUGGGUCCCAGUCCCCGGGGGCGCCCAACCCAGGGCAUGGACAGAACCCCGACUGGGAUGGCGAGUACUGCAACCGGGACUGUGGGCCCAACCACUGCAGGUGAGCAUGUCGUGAUAACCUAGUCUACUUGGACGAGUAACAGUUUUAUCAACAGUGCUUUGCCAGAUGAGUGAGGCUUGAGGCUGAGUCGUACUGUUUAUUUAAAGCGGGAGUAGUGACAUAACACUUUUCCCUACACUGUGAGAAAGUGUGACAUCCAAUUAAGUUUCCCUUUGUUUGACUUAGUACACGUUGUUAUAUGGAAUAUAGGCAUUUGAGUAUGCAUGCAUUCUUCCAGCACAAGAUCAUGCAACAUCACUGUUCAUUCACUUCCACUGCUAUGCUAGUGACAUACAACUACUUUUCCACCAAAUAAAUAAUACUGAAUAGAAUAAAAAAAUUGUUUUGAGAGUGUCAGUUUUAAAGUUUUAAGACUGUAUCAUUCAAUGCAUUGGUUUGUGGACCAACAUUUGCCUGUAUUGACAGCAUCUUCUCAUUGUUCUCUUCAUCAGCAGUGGCAUGGGAGUUCGGGACAAGCCUCUCUACCUCACUUGAAGCUGGUGGACCUCCGAAAGUCAAGACUCCAGGGAGUUUUCCAACAGUCAUCAACAACAACAACGUCAAUGUAUCUUUUUCCUCCAUCUAGUUUUUUUCUGAAGGAUUUUUAAAAUCCCCAAGACUGCUACUACUUCACCUAUUUGCCAAGCACUUAGACUGGACAGGAACCUUGCUUAUUUUUUCCAUGAACGUUCCAUUUUGUGGGGGGUGAGCUUCAAGUUCACGUCAACAUACUAUACACGAACCCCCCAAAAAAUUUCUGUCUUUAUUUUGACAAAGGGGUCGUUGUAGGUCUGGAGGGAAGAAACACAAGUGUCCCAUUUUUCUUUUCUCAGAGUGAUUGUAAAUAUCUACCAAGAUGGAACCUGGCCCCCUAUGCCCAGAUGUGUGUAUCUAACCGCAGUCCCCUUGCUUUUUACAUUAUUUUAUUUGGUUAUGUGAUUUUUGUGCGGGCUGGAUUCAGUGAGGGAAUACAAACACUAAAUCUGAUCCCAGAUCUGUUUGUGCUGUCUUUGCAACU